GUCCUCCCCCCCCCCCCCCCCCCCCUCCACCCUCUCCACCAACCCCCCCAUCCUCGCAUCCUCCGUGCUUUCCUAUCCAAGUCAAACAUGGACGUCGUCAAUCAGCUGGUGGCUCAGGGUCAGUUUCGGGUUCUGAAGGUUCCCCUGGGCUUCAUCAAGGUUCUGCAGUGGCUCUUCGCCAUCUUGGCCUUCUCCACAUGUGGGAGUUAUUCCGGGACGUUCCGCGUCUCCGUGGAGUGCAAGAACCGCACAGAGAGCGACCUGAGCGUCCAGGUGGACUUUGAAUACCCUUUCAGGCUGCACCAGGUCUACUUCGACGUCCCCACAUGUAAGCGUGGCACGGAGCACGUCUUCCUGGUGGGCGACUACUCCUCCUCCGCCGAGUUCUUCGUGACCAUCGGCGUUUUGUCCUUCCUCUACGUGACGGCGGCGCUCGCCAUCUACGUCUUCUUCCUGGACAAGUACAAGGAGAACAACAAGGGCCCCCUGCUGGACCUGGGCGUGACGGCGGUGAUGACCUUCAUGUGGCUGGUGAGCUCGGCGGCGUGGGCGAAGGGUCUCUCCGACGUGAAGACGGCCACCGACCCCGACCGCGUCAUCACCUUGAUCUCCGCCUGCGAGGGUGAGGAGAACCGAUGCCGCGAGGUCCACGACCCCGUCAUGUCCGGACUCAACACCUCCGUGGCGUUCGGCUUCAUCAACCUGGUCCUGUGGGCGGGGAACCUGUGGUUCGUCUUCAAGGAGACGGGCAUCAUCGCCCCCUUCAUGAGAGCCCCGCCCCCUCAGGACAAGCCCGCCGCCCCGGAUGCGUACGAGCAGGACCCCUACGCCGGCGGCCAGGGCGGCUACCAGCCGGAUUACAACCAGGACGGCGAGUACCGCCAGCAGGACGCGCCCACCUCCUUCUCCAAUCAGAUGUGAGCCCUGAUCACGUGACCUUGGCAGGGCUUCCCACAAUGUAACGCCGCUGACAGGCGGUGAUGUCAUCAUACUAAAGGCCCCGCCCCCUUACCUCUCAUGAUGCUUCCUGCCCCGCCUCCUUUUCCCAACGUCGUCUUGAUGCUAACUAUGCUAAUAUUUCCUUUGUGUUAGCUAGCGCGGCUCAGCAGCCAAUCAGCAUCCAUCUCUGUGGGACGCUUGUGAUGCUCCUCCUUCCUGUGUGUGUGUGUCAGUAACCAUGGUGAUCAUGAUGAUGUUGUUGCUAUGGACACGCCCCCCCUGCUCUCUGUUCAGUGUAAGAUUUCAAUAAAGGGGAAAACAAA